AUGGAUGUCCAUCUUCGAUACAAGGUGCCUGAUGGUUUGCGACCAUUGUUGGAAGCAUUGGCGAGGGAGACGUUACGAUCGCAACCAAAGGAUAUCGUUCGAUUUGCUCAGCUAUUCUUCGAAGAGCUACAACAUCAUAGGAAAAGUAAUCCCAAUACUGACAUCAUUAGCGACCCAGUAGCCUAUGAAAUGUUUCGCACAGAUCUUCAAAGACGAUACAGUAAUGAUGACCACUCGGAGCGUUGUGCUAGCCCUCUAGAUGAAGCUGCAACGAAGAUUCAAGCUGCUUUCCGGGGACAUUGUGUUCGCACACAUCCGGAGAAAUUUGGUGUGACUAAAGUGAUCUCGAGGACCCAUUCUAGUGAUAAGAUGGAGUCACUGAAUAAUAAGAAAGAUUUGAAACGCCAUUCCGUGGGAGGGUAUGCUAUUAACGCGGAUUCUCCUGAAGACCGAGCUGCAACGAAAAUCCAAGCGGAAAUUCGUGGAUUCCUUGCCAGGAAACAUGUCGAAAAGAUGAAAAAGGAGGACACGCAGGCUGCGACAAAAAUUCAAGCACAUAUCAGGUACUUCAACCUCAGUUCAUCAUAUUUCAUGCAUAGUAUCGAUUACGAAACAAAUAUGCACUAG